CCCGUGCGUUCCUUGCGUCAGAAGGAGCGGCGGAUGCCUAGGUUGCAUCUGGGCUGCCCAGACCGGAUCCCGCCCUUGUUCCACGCACGCGCAGUAAGGACUCAUGCGCUGGGUGAUUUCCGGCUGUAACUGAGGUGCUGACCUACUCCAGGUAUUAUCUCCUCUUGGCCCAGCGCUUGCAGAAAUCUGAGUUUAUUUGCAUCGCGUCCCCACACCGAAAUCCACAGCGGCUGUGGUAGAGUCUCUGUCCCAAAGCUGAAGUGCUGAACCCGUGGAGAACGUCUCAGACGCUAAGGAGAGCUCUGCAGUGGACAGCUUCCAGGGAAGCCCUGACCAGACCAAGAAGUCAUGACAAAAAAGGCGUGAAACACCUUGUGAGGAAUAACAGAAAUAAUAUGACUAGAGGGCAAGUGCAGCCUUCUUUGUGUCAGAGUAAAGAACGGGCUUUCAAGAGGUUGGGCUUUGAUCCUAAAACCCAGUUUCUAAACCUCCAAAGGCUCCUUAGCAGCCUGGUGAGCAGUCCUUGCUUUCCUUGCUUAACCCACCGGCCUAACGGAUGAAACGUGUGUGAACCGAGGCUAGGUCUGUGAGACAGAAGUUGAGGAAUGUUGAGAGGUGGACCCAAAACAAUUUUGUGAUCAGCUAAAUUCUAAUGAUUCUAUGAUUCCCUAGCUCCAGAAUUGUACCUGACUGGGAAAGAGAAAGCAUUGGGCAAGACUAGGGUUUGGGUUGUAGACAGUACACUGGGUGAAUCUGAGAGAAGACCCUACCCCUGGAGAUGUCACAAACAUUUCUGCAAAAUGAAUGCCAAUCAUACAGAAACUCAGAAAAUGAAGUCAUCGUUUCAAAUAAAAAACCAAAGACAUUAAGGAAUAAAAUAAAGUUUAGUGGGCUGGAGAGAUGACUCCACAGUUAAAAGCACUGGCUGCUCUUGUAGAGGACCCAUGUUCCAUCUCCAACUCCCACAUGUUGGCUCACAAUGAUCUGUCACUCCAGUUCCAGGGAAUUCAACACCCUCUUCUGGCCUCCUUGAGCCAGAGGCACAUACAUAAAUUUUUUAAUUUAAAGCUUCUAGACUAUUCUCAUUAAUUUAGAUGCAUUCUUACCAAAAUGUAUGUCAGAAUCAGUAUAUAAAAAGGAUAUAACAUAAUUAAGUGGCUGAGUCUAGAUGCAAUGUUGAUUUAAUCUUCAAAAGAAUAAGGCUAUAGUGAUGUUCAGCAGUUAAGAACACUGGCUGGUCUUCCAGAGAGCCCCUGGUUCAAUUCCCAGUACCCACAUGGUGGCACACAACUGUCUGUAAUUCCAAUUCCAGGGGAUCUAACUACCUCUUCUGACCUCUGUGGUCACUAGACACUCAAGUACUCAGACAUACCAUGCAGACAAAACACCUAUACACAUAAUUUUCUUAAAUACCUUUCUAUAAAAAGCAUAACUUUUUAUGCGUAACACCACAUGAACUAAGGAAAAAUUAGAGAUCAUCUCAGUAGAUAUAGAAAAUAUAUAAUGAAAAUUUAAGCACAUUAAAUUUCAAACCAAAAAAAAAAACUGAUAUUAUGCUAGAGAUGUAGUUCUGUUGGCAGAGGACUUACCUAGCAGGCAGGAAGCUAUGGGUUCAGUCCCUAACACAACAUCAAGCCCAGAAAAUUAGAAAGUCCAAUUACAUUCUCAGUUACAUAGUAAAUUCAAGGCCAGUUUGGGGUUUGGGUGUUGUUGUUACGUUUUGGAUUUUGGUGGGUUUUUUUUUUUUUUUUGGUUGUUUGGUUCUGGUUUUUCAAGACAGGGUUUCUCUGCAUAGUGCUGGCUGUCCUGGAAAUUGUCCUGCAGACCAGGCUGCUGGCCUCAAACUCACUGAGAUCUGCCUGUUUGUGUAUCCCAAAUAUUGGAAUUAAAGGCACGCACCAUCAACAACAACUUGGAAUAUAUGAGACUGUAUCUCAAAAACAACUCAGCAAAACUUUUUGUGAGUGCUGGUAUUAGAGAAAACAAGAGCUGGGGACAUGGCUCACUGGUUGGGGGCACUUGGCUGUUCUUCCAGAGGUCCUGGGUUUGGGUUCCAGCAACCAUAUGGUAGCUCACAGCCAUCUGUGAUGAGAUCUUAUGCCUUCUUCUGGUGUGUCUGGAGACAACUGCAUUACAUAUAUAGUAAAUGAAUAGAUUUUUUGAAAGAAAAAGGAAGAAAGAAAGAAAGAGAGAGAGAAAGAAAGGAAGGAAGGAAGGAAGGAAGAAAGAAGACAGAAAAUAAACGCAGGGCCUAUACUUUGUACUGAGCAUAAUCCCUACAACACACUUGAAGGUUAAAAUGGACUCUCCUGUUUAAAGAGAGCAAAAGGCUAUCUGCAAUAGCACAGACCUGCUGUCCUAGCACUUGGAAGGAGGAGGCAGAAGGGCUCAACGUUCAAGGUCCAUCUGGGUUCUAUAUGAGAAGACUGUCUCUGGCAGAAAAGAAAGGGAGAAGGGGAAGAGGCAGUGUGGCCAGGCUUGGUAGCACAUGCCUUUAAACCCAGCACUCAGGGAGCAGAGGGAGCUGAAUCUCUUUGAGUGCAAAGCCAUCCUAAUCUACAUAGCUAAUUCCAGGCCAACCAGAGCUACAUAGUAAGAUCCUCUUUCAAAAGGACAGUGGAUGUUUUACCAAAAUGUCCUAGCCAAAUGAAUGCAGCUCAAAAAGGAAAAGUACAUGGAUCUCAAAGGAAAGGGGGAGUCGUGUCUUUCUUCUCAGAUACCAUGACUUAGAGUACAAAAAUAAGCCACUCGAACCACUGAGUUGAAUUAAGCAAACCAUAGAAGACAAUAUCUAUUAUUAUCAGUAUGUUAAAGUAAAUCUUUCGAGUGUUUAAUGUCCAGUGAGUUUGACUGUGGUACUUCAUAUAAAUGUUCAGUGGUUUCCUCUUCACUCCUCUCUGCAUGGCCCCUCCACAUCAGCAACUAGUUCCCUUUCCUCCCAAGACAAACCAACCAUAGCAUACUCAACAUGCCCAAAACCCUAGAUUUGCCUGCAUUUGUCCUAUACCACUGGGGGUGGACGUGGGGGAUAAAGGUUAUUUGUAUGUACUAAAACAAUUAGAUUAAAAUUUAAAAUAUACACUGUUUUUAUGUCAUCCAAGAACAUGAAAUACACAUGAGUAAUUUUAGAUCUGUGCUGAAAUCUAUAGGAUAACACCAAGGAAAUCUAGGCUGUAAUCUGUUGAUGAUCCAAAAACACUGUGAUGUUAUCUUCAUAGUGGGUGUUUUGGUGUUUUGCUGUUGUUAUAGAGACUAAACAUACAUGCUAGGCAAGCACUUUACCAUGAAAUUAAUCUCCAGCCUAUUGAUCUCUAUAUUCAAUAAAAUCCAAAUUUUUCAAGUAAGUACUUCAAAUUUUAUUGGUAUAUAGUCUUUUUUAAAAAGAUUUUUAUUCAUUAUAUAUACACACACUGUAGGUGUCUACAGACUCACCAGAAGAGGGCAUUGGAUCCCAUUACAGAUGGUUAUGUGAGCCACCAUGUGGUUGCUGGGAAUUGAACUCAGGACCUCUGGAAGAGCAGUCCGUGCUCGUAACCCCUGAGCCAUGUCCCCCUGGGGGUAUAUUCAUCGUACAUAGAGAUGGGUUGCAUAAAGACAGUUUUUGAGUGGGUUCUCACUAUGUAGCUCUGGAUAUCCUACACUUUUCCUAUGUAGAUCAGGCCGGCCUCAAAUUCACAGAUAUCCACCUGCCUCUGCCUCUGAGUGCUCUGAUUAAAAGUGUAUCCCACUUCAUCCAGCUCCAUAAAAAUAUUUUCAUUUAUGUACUUUCUCCAGUGGAAAUUUGAAAAGGAACCAGGUAGCAGUGGUACACACCUUUGAUCCCAGCAUUCAUGAGACAGUGGCAGGUGGAUCUCUGAGUUGGAGGCCAGCCUGGACUACAGAAUGAGUUCCCAAACAGCCAGGGCUACACAGAGAAACCCUGUCUUGGGGUGGUGGUGGAAUUCAAAGUCCUUUUUAUAGAAACUAAUGUAUUGGUUGUAUAUGUGAAAAUUUAAAAAUCAAAAAUAGCUACAAAUCUUGUUUCUAAAAUUUUUAGAUUUUAUUUAUGAAUGUUUUGCCUGUACAUACAUACAUACAUACAUACAUACAUACGUACACACCAUGUAACUUGCCUAGGAGGUUAGAAGAAGGCAUUUCUCCUGGAAGUGAGGCUACAGACAGCUGAACUACCCUGUUAGUGUUGGGAACUGAAUUCCUCUGCAAGAUCAAAAAGUGCUUUUACCCAAAGAUGAACCAUUGUUCCAGCCACUACAGUCUUCUCUUUUGGUGCUCAGGAUGGAACCUAGGGACUUUCACAUAAAAGCCAAGUGCUCUACCACUAAACUACACCCUCAGCCUUAAAAUAUCUAUUUAAAAUCAAAAGGUCAGGGGUUGGGGAUUUAGCUCAGUGGUAGAGCGCUUGCCUAGCAAGCGCAAGGCCCUGGGUUCGGUCCCCAGCUCCGAAAAAAAGAAAAAAAAAAAAAGAAAAAAGAAAAAAAUCAAAAGGUCAGCUUGGGCAUUCAUGCUGCCUGGUGCCAAGAUCUACUAUCAAAUCAGGGUGCCUCUAGCUUGAGAGCAGAUAUGCAGACCAAUGGAACAGAAGCAGCCCAGAAAGAGACUGACCGAUAUAAUCAAUAGACAACCAAGACGCCAAGAUCAGUGUAAGGGAAAGAACUGUCUUUUCCAGGGUUGGAGUCAGAGGGUAUGCAUUUGGGGAAAGCAGGAGGGGAGGGAUGGGCAGUGAACAUUUCCUACUACAUAAAUAAAAAUGGGCUCAAAAUACUGUAGUAGCAUAUGCCUGGAGUCCAGAUACUCAGGACGCAGAGACAAAUGUUCACAAGUUCAAUGCCAGCCUUUGCAAUAUGUGACACUCUUGUGAAGUUCCUGACCCCUGUGGAAAGACCACAGACUCAAUCUGGAUUAUAAUUAGUUAAAUGUAUUGAAGCUGCUAGCAAGACAACAAUAUCUGAACCAGAAGAGAUUGCUGGGGUGAGGAGAGGGUGAGGGAAGGAUUUCAAAAGACAACAGCCACCAGACCUUGAAUAUCUGCACAAGCAAGCCAAGAGCUGUUCUGUCUGCCAAGAUUAGGUACCCAAGGCAACUUCAAAAUAGUCCUUGAAUGUCUGCAUAAGCAAGUUAUAGAAGCCAAAAAAGCAGUCAUAGCAUAGCAAAUCGAUGGCACAGCUGUACAUUUUAGUGUAAGGAUGGCUAUGUCUGGGUUACUGGGAAGUUAUCUUCCAGGGACUGGAGUCAAAGGCAAAUGGUUAGUGGGCAUCAGGAUUGAUGUCUGGCAUAAAAAGGUGCUUCUUUAGCAAUCCCAGCACCAUCCUAGAAAAGCAAACUUAAAAUAUAUCACACACCUAAGAAUCAAAGCUAAAAUUAGAGUCAGGUGUGGGCGUGAAGGUGCCCACCUAUAAUUCUAACACUUGAGGGGGAAAGAUAAAAACCUUUUGAGUUCAAAACAGCCUUGAUACAUACCCAGACCUUGUUUUGGGAAGGAAGGAAGGAAGGAAGGAAGGAAGGAAGGAAGGAAGGAAGGAAGGAAGGAAGGAAGGGAGACAAGACAUAACUUACAGUGAAAAUAUUUGAAAUACAUAUAUUUGACACAAAACAAAUAUCCAGUAUACAUAAAGAACAUCUAUAAAUAAUCUCAAUAAAAAUAAUCUCAAAUAAUUCAAUCUUAAUAACUGAUCAGGCAUUUUGAAAAUGACAGUUUGCCUAUUACCAACAACCACUUUAACAUUCAGCAUCCUUUAUCAUGAAGGAAAUGCAAAUUAAUAACUACAAUAAAAUACCACCAACAGGCUGAAGAUAGAGCCCAGUAGUAGAACAUUUUCUCUGAGGGAAAUAGAAACAGAAUGGCUAAAUUUAAGGACACCAGCAAUGCCAACCAUCGAAAACGUACAAAGCAGUAACCAUUCUUCAUAGACUGUAGGUAGAAGUCCAUGGCAAUCAUUAUUGCUGAUGCUUCCUGCCCGAUCGGAAAACAUGUCUAAGUCGAGUAGCAAAGACAGCUCUCUCUUGGUAACCCCAGUAAGUCCCCACUAGCUGUAAACGGUGGCUCUCACACAGGGGCUUCUUUCUGGGCCGGUACCAGCAGCUUCACCUGAAAGCUGGUUAGAAAUGCAAACUCUCUUGGCUCUACCUACACCUGUUCAAUGGGAGACAGCAGAGGUGAUGCUCCCAAAUCAAGUCUAAUGGAGGGCCAGGUGCUUCUAGAGUAGGAGGGGACGCCCCGCCUCCCCUUCCCCUCCUCUUUCCCAAACUUCUUAACAGCCUGGUGUGGGCAGCUGACCCUUAAGUGAAACCCUGAAGCCAGCUUGAGGACCUGCAGUAGAGGUGCAACCCAUGACUGGCAGCGCAGUGAGCUUGAGAGGGGGUGAGUGGGACUCGGAUCCAAGAGAACGUGGAGGCCAUUCUGUCCCCUCCCUCUCCACACUGGGGUUUCUGAGGGCCCCAAAGGCAGCCAUGUGGUCUCUCAGCAAGCUGCCAAACUUGGGCUAGACAAAACCACCAUUCUUUGCACUUCUUUGUUGAGUGUGUCUGUCUCAGGUCUGGGGAAGCUCUGAUCCGUUUGGGGGGGGGGGGUGUUGGGGUAGGGGGUUGGCUUCUAGUUUUUAAUGGCUGUUGGCUAUAGUCAACAUUCCCAGGACUCAGGGAGUUUCCCUUAUGGAAGGCUAUGAGCUAGCCUUUGCAUUACUCAAAAAACAGUGAUAACAGCUGAACUCCAAGCAGGGACCCAGGACCUUACCUCAUCACAGACAUAAUUCUUCCCCCCCACCCAGUAAAUCGACAUGAGUCGCCACAGCACCAGCAGCAUGACUGAAACCACGGCAAAGAACAUGCUCUGGGGUAAGGGCUGAGGCUGUCCCCAGUAAUGGUGGAGUGGGUUUGCUGGUGAACCCUUAACGUAGAGGAACUCAGGAGCCUCCCAGCUCCACACCUCCAUCUUCUCUAUGCAGGCAGUGAGCUCACUCAGGAAAAACAGACUUGCACCUUUAGAGCCCAAGGCGAGAGGAAGGACAGCUGUAAGCUUUUGCUCAGCACGAUUUGCCUGGGGGAGAAGGCCAAAGAGGAGGUGAAUCGUGUGGAAAUCCUUCCCCAGGAAGACAGGAAAUCACCAAUCACUGUCGCCACGCUGAAGGCCUCUGUCCUGCCUAUGCACAUUCACACCGAGUUCCUACGGAGGCCAGAAGAGGGCCUUGAGAGUGGAAUUGCAGAUGUUUCAGAACACCGUGUGGAUGCCAGGACUCGAACUCGGCUCCUCUGGAAGAGAAAUCCGUGCUCUCAAUAGCUGACCCUUCUUUUCAGCCCCUAAAAUGGUUUUUUUUUUUUAAUUUUGUCUCACCUGAUCCUACAUUCUUUCUCCAUCAAUUCAUUAACAUACCAUUAUGUUGGGAUAAUAAUGUUUGAGCUUUUUUGGGUUCCUUGAUCAUGCAAACUCUGCAUUCACUUUAACAUGUCCUCAUCUUCCUUUACUUAAGGAUUCCUGGGGUGGGUGGGGUGGAAACACAAAUGCUACACCACGUGGUAGUCAGAAAACAGCUUCAUGGAGAAAUGUAUCUCCCUUCGUGAGGUCGAGGGCGGGACUCUGGCCACCAGGCCUGCUCAGCAACCCUUCCUGCACUGGACAUGGCACCACCUGAGUUCCUCACUUUGCCUCCACCAUUUGCUUGUUUAUUUUAUUUUGUUCUGGUUGUUGUUCUUUGAGACAGUCUAGGUAACCUAAACCAGCUUCAAACCCACAGUGGUCCUCUUGACUCUGCCUCUUCCCCAAGUGCUAGAAUACUCGUGUGCACCACUGACUCCAUCCAUUCUUAAUUGUGAAAAGCAGAGAAGUGAUUUAUUCAAUGUGGUCACCUUAGGAUGGGGGGACAUUUGUUGUGUGUUUGGAUUUUUUGUUUUGUUUUGAGCCAGAGUGUCUCUUAUGUCACCCAGAAUUGCAAUCCUCCUGCCUAUGCCUCCUCGACCCUGGAAUUUUGCAGCAGUUGUGACCAGCAUCUACCAGGGGCCAGGCUGAGUUACCUGUGUCUUCUAUGUUGCCCUGAUGUCUCUCUCCCACCACAGGUCACAGUGACAGGUAUAGAGCUUUCUCCUCCAGUAACUUUUCGUCUCAGGGCUGGCUCAGGACCUGUGUUCCUCAGUGGCCAGGAAUGUUAUGAGACUUCAGACAUGGCCUGGGAAGAUGAUGAGGAAGAGGAAGAGGAAGAGGAAGAGGAUGAAGAUGAGGAUGAAGAUGCAGAUCUAUCGCUAGAAGAGAUCCCUAUCAAACAAGUCAAAAGGGCAGCUCCCCAGAGGCCGACGAGCAUAGCUAAGAGAAAAAAGGUGGACAAAGAGGAGGAGGCGGCAGUGAGGCCCAGCCCUCAGGACAAGAGCCCCUGGAAGAAGGGAAAAUCUACACCCAAACCUAAGAGGUCGACGUCCAAGAAAUGAGCUCAUCUUAGCAGCUUCUGUGUCCAAGGCGGGAUGUCUACCAGCUGUGCUCUGGUGCAGGUGUCCGGCCCCAGCACCUUAGUCUAAA